AUGUCAGACUACACAGACAGAUACAUCACUGUAUUCUCGCCCGAGGGAAGGCUUUUUCAAGUUGAGUAUGCAUCGAAGGCAAUUACAGGAUCAAACACAUAUGUCAAUUCCAUUGGUAUUCGCAGUAAAGAUUAUGCAAUUGUUAUCGCAUAUAAACGUUUACCAGAAAAACUCGUUGAUCCCAUCUCUAUCACCCACAUAUUCCAGAUCUCUCCCUCAAUUGGGUGUGUGAUGGCAGGCAGCGUGCCCGAUGCUCGUGCCCUUGUAACCCGAGCUCGAAGCGAAGCUGCAGAGUUUCAUAAAACAAACGGCUAUGAGAUACCGUGUAAUGCUCUCUCCCAGAGGCUGGCCAACAUCAAUCAAGUUUAUACCCAACGUGCUCAUAUGCGCCCACUUGGGGUGGCAAUGACACUCAUAUCUGUAGACGACGAGUUUGGUCCGCGGAUCUUCAAAGUCAACCCAGCUGCCGAAUGCAUCGAAUAUAAUGCUGUUGCUUCAGGUCCUAAAGAGCAUCAGCUACUUACGUAUCUUGAAAGAAAGCUUGGAGACCGGAGAUAUGCCUUCGGUAACUGGCGGCGACUUGCCAAUAUGGGAGUGAAAGCCUUGAAUGCGGCUUUGGCCACGACAUUGGAGAGUGAUGAGGUCGAGGUUGGGGUUGUAGGCAUAAACGGAUUUAGGAAAUUGACUCUUAGAGAAGUCAAGAAUGUCCUUAGAGACGUCAAGUGGGAUAUUUUGAUAGAGAGAGAAUCUCGCCCUUGUGUAGUCUGA